AUUCUUUAAUACAAGUUGGUUUGAUCAAAAAAAAAAACAACGGACGAUUCAUUCGUUACCAUUAACUCCUCUCUUACUAUAAAUAACCCUCCCCUUUGAUUCCACAACACUCUUCAUCUUCAACCUCUCUGCGAUUAACAUCUCUAGAUCGGAAUCUCUCGUUUCAGAAAAUCAACCAUGGCCGCAGCCGCGAUCGAGAAGCUCCCCCAGCUCAAAUCCGCCACCGAUGGACUUAAAGAGAUGAGUGAUAACGAGAGGAGCGGAUUCAUCAGCCUCGUCUCUCGCUACCUGAGCGGUGAGGCUCAGCACAUUGAGUGGAGCAAGAUCCAGACUCCUACUGAUGAGAUUGUUGUUCCUUACGAUAAAAUGGCUAACGUCUCCGAAGAUGCUUCGGAGACUAAGUAUCUGUUGGACAAACUUGUUGUGCUAAAGCUUAAUGGAGGUCUGGGAACGACGAUGGGAUGCACUGGUCCAAAAUCGGUUAUCGAAGUUCGUGAUGGUUUAACAUUUCUUGACCUGAUUGUUAUCCAGAUCGAGAAUCUCAACAACAGGUAUGGAUGCAAGGUUCCCUUGGUUCUCAUGAACUCAUUCAACACACAUGAUGACACACAAAAGAUUGUGGAGAAGUACACCAACUCCAAUGUUGAUAUUCACACUUUUAAUCAGAGCAAGUAUCCUCGUGUUGUUGCUGAUGAGUUUGUGCCGUGGCCUAGCAAAGGAAAGACUGACAAGGAUGGCUGGUAUCCUCCCGGUCACGGUGAUGUAUUCCCAUCCCUCAUGAACAGUGGCAAGCUUGAUGCUUUCAUAUCACAGGGUAAGGAGUAUGUGUUCGUUGCCAACUCAGACAACUUGGGCGCUGUCGUUGACUUAAAAAUCUUGAAGCACCUGAUCCAAAACAAAAAUGAGUAUUGUAUGGAGGUGACACCCAAAACCCUAGCUGAUGUAAAGGGAGGAACUCUCAUCUCCUACGAAGGAAAAGUACAGCUUUUGGAGAUUGCUCAGGUUCCUGAUGAGCAUGUAAAUGAAUUCAAAUCAAUUGAGAAGUUCAAGAUUUUCAACACAAACAACCUUUGGGUUAACUUGAAAGCCAUUAAAAAGCUUGUGGAAGCUGAUGCGCUUAAGAUGGAAAUCAUCCCAAACCCGAAGGAAGUCGAUGGAGUCAAAGUUCUUCAACUGGAAACUGCGGCUGGUGCAGCGAUAAGGUUUUUUGAAAAUGCAAUCGGUGUGAAUGUACCUCGGUCACGUUUCUUACCAGUGAAGGCAACUUCAGACUUGCUUCUUGUUCAAUCUGAUCUGUACACUCUCGUGGAUGGAUUUGUCGCACGGAACAAAGCUAGAACAAACCCCACAAACCCAGCGAUCGAACUGGGACCCGAGUUCAAAAAGGUGGCGAGCUUCCUUGGCCGGUUCAAGUCCAUUCCGAGUAUAGUUGAGCUGGAUAGCCUUAAGGUCUCUGGUGAUGUCUGGUUUGGCUCAGGCGUUGUUCUCAAGGGAAAAGUGUCAGUGAAGGCAAAUGCCGGGACAAAACUUGAAAUUCCGGAUAAUGCUGUGGUCGAGAAUAAGGACAUCAACGGUCCGGAGGAUCUGUAAAGAAAUAAGAACUGCGAUGCGUCUUCUUCUCUCUUCCUCUUCUUUUAAUACAUGCAAGUACUCUUCAUGAAACUUUUGUAUAAGGUAAAAGACCACAAGAAUAACACGAUAAGUGGUGUUUCUUUGGUUUUCUUUUUGAAGCUUUAGUCCCCGCAAAGUAAAAAAAAAGUAACGUUUUGAAAUUUACUAUUUCCUUCUCUUUCCCUAUACGAGGCUUUCUUUUCUUUUGUUUC